AUGGCCUACGCGCUGAAGGACCACGACAGCCGACUCGUGAAGAUGCUGGCAGAGCACGACGAGAGCAUCACCGAGAUGCUGGAAAGGCGAGACAAAGGCAUGAGGGAGUAUGCUGCAAGCGAGGCGGCGCUGGCGCUGGAAUUAGAGCCGCCAGCCGACUUUAUCUGCCCCAUCACGGCGGAGGCCAUGCGCGACCCGGUGAUGGCGGGUGAUGGGCACGCGUAUGAGCGGAUUGCGAUCGAGCGCUGGCUCGCGAUCAGAUCGACGAGCCCGCUAACGGGCAAGGCGCUUGAGAACACGGGCGUCUUCCCCAACCACAUGCUGCGGCGGCAGAUCCGGGAGUGGCAGGAGCGCAGCAGAAGCACCUGA